AUGCAGCCCUCGCUCCUCGCUGGCCGCUGCCCCUCCGCCUCGGUGACCGCAGCCUGUGUGCCCUCCCAGCUCGGUUCUGGCAGCUUGGGCCAACGGCUCUCACAGAUCACCAGCAGCCUGUACAUCAGCAAUGGUGUGGCCAUCAGCAACAAGCUCAAGCUGUCCAGCAGCCAGAUCACCACGGUCUUCAACGUCUCGAUGGAGGUGGAAAACACCUUAUACGAGGACAUCCGGUACGUGCAGGUGCCUGUGACCGAUGCACUCAUCUCGUGCCCCUGCUACUUUGAGGGCCCCAUUGCUGAGUGUUCCCACCGUGUGGAGGUGAAGCAGGGUCCCCGUCUCUGCUUUGUUCCUCCGCCGCCCUCCACCUGGCACCUCUGGAGGCCUAAAAGCCACAGUCCUCUUUUCCUGCCCAACAACGGCUUUCGGUAACAGCUGGCUACUAACAGCCACAAACAGUUCCAGCUGUUUGGCAAGAACACUGCGCACAUGGUCAGCUCGUCUAUGGGCGUGAUCCCUGGAGCCUAUAAGAAGGAAGUCGGUUUGAUGGCAGCCAAACGGCGAGCCAUCCUGGCUAGCGCCUGCCCCAGGGGUCAGAGGUGCAAAUCUGCCGUUGGUCCUACACCAAGAUCUGAACUUGAACAUUCUACUUUUGUUGAUACAGAAAAUUAG